CAAGCUUUACAACACAGUUCUCUCUAGCGGCAUUAACCAAAAUAGGGUUUAAGCUCUUCUUCCACAAUGGCGACGACCUUGAAUCGAUUCCUGAAGCAGAAAUGUAGAUCAGUCUAUCGGAACCAGCAUCAAGUCCUCUUCAAUCUCACUCGCCACGAGAAUCGCGAGUCUCUCCCUUCGCAGAUACCAGCUCUUCGAUCAACCACUCGCUCGUUCCUCGACUUCUAUCAGUUUGGGAACAAGAAAGCGAUCGAGGACGAACGUGCUAGACUUAAUGAUGAGAUGAAUCGAGGAUACUUUGCUGACAUGAAAGAGUUCAAGGACCAUGGUGGUAAGAUCGCUGCUGCUAGCAAGACUUUAAUCCCUGCUGUGUCGGCCAUGAAGUUUCCGGUGUUAGCAGUGACUUCCUCUAAUGGGAAAAGCAUGAAGCUGCCUAUUACUUCCAACUGCAAUGAGGUUAACAAAGAGAGUUUGGAUGUUCCUAAAGUGACAUUGGUGUGUCUGUCUUUCCGAGCUAGCUCUCAGGAAAUGAUCAGCUCGUGGAGCAAACCAUUUAUUGAAUCGUUUGGCGACAGGAAAGAUCUUAAGUUAUUCGAGGUUUCAUUUAUAGACAAAUGGCUGUUGGGGUUGGCUCCCAUAAAGAAGCUACUUCUCCGAGUCUUGCAAAAACCGAACAACAGCGAGAACAAUGUCCUCCAGAGGCAGAUUGUUUACUCAUUUGGGGACCAUUAUCACUUCCGAAAGCAAAUGAAAGUUCUGAACCUUCUCACCGGGUACAUUCUUCUGCUCGAUAAAUCCGGGAGAAUAAGAUGGCAAGGCUUUGGAACAGCAACUCCAGAGGAAGUAUCUCAACUUCUCUCUUGCACCUCGCUUCUUUUGAAAGAUCAAUGAGAGGAAGCUCUUGGUUUAGUUAUCACUUAUAUAGUACUGUCAUAUUUCGUUAUCUUCCAUGGAAGAGGUAGAAAAGUUUGUUUGAGCAACUUCGUUUGAAGCACCUUCCUGAUAUUAUUACAUGACAUUGUCCAGAACAAGAGGCCGUCUCAAAAAGACAAUUGCUCCUUUACAGAAGGGCUUCCAGAAGACAAUAAACUCUCUUUAUUUUUCGAUUGUUUUCUAGUUUGAUUGGAUUGGUGUUGUCGCCAUAUUCAGAGGCAAUAGAGAAUCCUCUCUUCCAAUCUAUUAUAUUGGUUUACAAAGACCAAAAGAGAGCACUCUUCAGUUCUUUAUCUUUCAGAUAUUUUUGUUGUAUUCAUGAGAAUCUAAUGGCCUUAGAGAAAAAAAGAAUAAAGACUAACAUUCUUCACUA